GAGCGUGACCCCCAAACCUCAAAGACUAGCGCCGAAGCCCAGAAAGAGACAUGCUCUUGCAGAGCCUAGCUCAGCAGCUUCCACUUUCACCCUUCACUCGCUCCUUCUCCUUCGUCUCCAAUCUUCCCUCUGAACCUAAUCCUAAUUUCAAUCUCUUCUUCAUGCGCGCUUCUCCUGGCUCUGCAUUCGCCCUCUUUCGCGCCAUCUCCUGCAGCCGCCAUGGCCACCUCCGCCCCCACCGCCGCCUCCUCACACCUUCCUCGACUCUCUGCCCUCAUUCGCUCAUCAAAUUCCGUCGCUCUUCCUCGCUGCCCGCGUCCAGCGUGGAGCAGUUGGUGAACGAAUCGACUCCGUCUACUUCUGAGCAAGAACCCUGGGAUCUUUCUACUUUGAGAGAAACUGAAGCUUUCGAUUUCGACAAGUGUUCUGCAGCAACAGACUUGAAACACCUAUCGACCCCCGACCUGGAGGUGAAGGACUUGAGCGAGCUACCGGAGCAGUGGCGGAGAGCCAGGCUGGCGUGGUUGUGUAAGGAAUUGCCAGCGCACAAGGCAGGGACUUUGGUUCGAAUACUGAAUGGGCAAAAGAAAUGGAUGAGGCAGGAUGAUGCUACUUAUGUUGUGGUGCAUUGCAUGCGGAUUCGCGAGAAUGAGACUGGGUUUAGGGUAUACAAAUGGAUGAUGCAACAAAAUUGGUAUAGAUUUGAUUUCGCUCUUGCUACGAAGCUGGCAGAUUACAUGGGUAAGGAGCGGAAGUUUGCAAAGUGUCGUGAGAUAUUUGAUGACAUAAUUAAUCAAGGCCGUGUCCCAAGUGAAUCAACUUUUCAUAUAUUGAUUGUUGCUUAUCUUAGCGCACCUGUUCAGGGUUGUCUGGAGGAGGCAUGCACCAUCUACAAUCAAAUGAUUCAGUUAGGAGGUUACCAGCCACGCCUGAGCUUGCAUAACUCCCUCUUCAAGGCUCUUGUUAGCAAAUCAGGGGUCUCAUCAAAGCAUUAUCUUAAACAAGCGGAAUUUAUAUAUCAUAAUUUGGUUACAACUGGUCUUGACAUACAUAAAGAUAUUUAUGGUGGCCUAAUUUGGCUACAUAGCUAUCAGGAUACCAUAGAUAAAGAAAGAAUAACAGCAUUGAGGGAAGAGAUGCUACAGGCUGGAAUUGAUGAGGGUAGAGAAGUGCUUCUAUCUGUAUUGAGGGCUUGUGCAAGGGAGGGGGAGGUGGAGGAAGCAGAAAAGGCUUGGCUUAGACUUAUCCAGUCUGAAAGUGAUCCCCCCUCACUAGCUUUCGUGCACUUGAUGGAGGUCUACUCUAAGGUUGGGAAACCUGUGAAGUCUUUAGAGAUAUUCAGGAAGAUGCAGGAGCAACUAAGGGACACAAGUGCGGCAGCAUAUAAUAAGAUAAUAGAGAUACUAUGCAAAUCGUAUGAAACUGAACAAGCAGAAUCAAUAAUGGCAGAUUUCUUAUGGAGUGGUCUGAAGCCCCUCACGCCAUCAUAUGUCAAUUUAUUGAACAUGUAUUUCAAAUUGAACUUACAUGAUAAGGUGGAGCUGGUAUUUUAUCAGUGCCUAGAGAAAUGCCGUCCUAAUCUUGCCAUUUACAGUAUAUACUUGGAUUCUUUGGUGAAAGUCGGUAAUCUUGACAAGGCUGAGGAUAUCUUUAACCAAAUGAUUAGUGAUAUUGCUAUUGGUGUCAAUGCUCGAUCAUGCAACAUCAUUUUGAGUGGUUACCUGUCUUCUGGAAAUCAUGUAAAAGCUGAGAAAAUAUAUGAUUUGAUGUGCCAGAAAAAGUAUGAUAUUGAAACCUCAUCGAUGGAAAAGCUUGAACAUAUUCUGAGCUUGAGCAGGAAAAUUGUCAAAAAACCUACAAGCCUGAGGCUAAGCAAGGAGCAGAGAGAAAUAUUAAUUGGGUUACUUUUAGGUGGCUUAGAGAUUGAUUCAGAUGAACAAAGGAAGAAUCACAUUGUCCAUUUUAAUUUCGAUGGUAUUUCUGGUUGCCACCAUCUCUUGAAGAGUCAUAUACAUGGCCAGUUCCAUGAGUGGUUGCAUCCUUCCUCUAAGCCAAGUGAUGAUACUGAAAAUAUACCAGAUAGGUUUUUUACAAUUCCAAGCUCUUAUUUUGGCUUCUAUGUGGAUCAGUUUUGGUCACAAGGUCAACCUUCGAUUCCAAAACUAAUCCAUAGGUGGCUGUCACCAUGUGUUCUGGCAUACUGGUACAUGUACGGGGGCCAUCGAAGGUCAUCAGGAGAUAUUCUUCUAAAGAUAAGAGGAAGCCGCGAGGGUGUUGAGAAGAUAGUCAAUAAGCUUAAAGACAUGUCCAUAGAUUGCAAAGUAAAGAGAAAAGGCAGGACAUUUUGGAUUGGUAUUCUGGGAAGCAACGCUACAUGGUUUUGGAAACUGGUAGAACCUUAUAUUUUAGAGGACAUAAAAGAUUUUCUUAAAGCAGGCGAUCAGACGUUGGGGAGUAAUUCUGCAGAAACUCAGAACAUUAGCUUUAGUAGUGACUCGGACGCUGAUGAAACAGGAUGAAGCAAAACUGAUGAUUUUGCUUUGGACGAAGUUAAUUUUUGAGGAGCGACCCGUUCAGAUCAUGGUUUAUCUCUUGCAACAAAAACAUAGUUGAUUUUUCUCCAUCUUCAGAUAUUAUUUUGAUUGACUGCCAUGGUAGCUAAGUGAAGGGUUCCUUGAAAAUUUAUGUUACCGCAUGGUAGAUUAUCUUUUAUGCAUGUACAUUGCUGUAUAGAAAUUUGAGAGGGACUACAUUAUCUGAUUAAUCUCUGUAAAGGAAUUAGAAGUACUGUCUGGUUAUUAUUCUUUGCUGUGGUAUGGCCUCCACGGUUCAUGGUUCUGUAAAGGACUUAUCCUUUAAUGGGAAGCGUGAAGUUCUUUCUUCUUUG